AUGCAGUACCAAAGCAUUAUCGUUGGCGUUGUCGCGCUUUUCUUCGCUAGCGGAGUAAUGGCGACUGCAGGUGACCCGAUCUCUGCUUGCAAUGGCAAGAAGGCUAACGCUGCUUGCGAGUGGGAUGAUGGCACCCCUGGAACCGGGCUUCAUUCUGGUCACUGCCAGGCGUUUGGCACCGCUUUGCAAUGCCAGUAG